AGACUAGAGAAAGACUGAGAGAGACGAGUUGAUCUUACCUCUGAAGAAACCCAAAGUCGGAGACCCAAACCCGACCCGAAACCUAGAGUUGACUCCCCGAAUUCCCCGAUCUCAUUUCCGCUGCAUUUUGAUGGCGGACGGCGGCGGUCACUCGCGCUAUGUGAAGCUGACGAAAGAUCAGGCGCCGCUUCAGGAGGACAUUACGCCCGGCGAGCUCAAUCAGCCCAUCGAAGUUCCUCAGUUGAAUGUUCAGAAGUGUAAUGAAUGUGGACAGCCUUUGCCGGAGAGCUUUCAGCCGCCUGCCGAUGAGCCUUGGACGACUGGGAUUUUUGGCUGCGCCGAAGAUAGAGACAGUUGCUUGACAGGGCUAUUUUGCCCCUGUGUUCAGUUUGGGCGUAAUGUUGAAAACUUAAGAGAUGAUGUGCCAUGGACCACACCGUGCAUUUGUCAUGCCAUUUUUGUUGAAGGUGGCAUGGCUGUUGCAGCAGCCACUGCAAUCUUCUAUGGUGUUGAGCCAAGAACUUCAUUUCUUAUCUGCGAGGGUCUGGUGUUUGCAUGGUGGAUGUGUGGAGUGUAUACAGGUCUUGUUCGGCAAUCCUUGCAGAAAAAGUAUCAUCUCAAGAACUCGCCAUGUGACCCUUGCUUGGUCCACUGCUGCCUGCACUGGUGUGCCUUGUGUCAGGAGCACAGGGAGAUGAAGGGCCGUCUUUCCGAAAGUUCUGUGAUGCCAAUGACUGUCGUCAACCCUCCUCCUGUUCAACAGAUGAACAAGCCUGCUGAUGACAACAACAACGAGGACUCUGCUGCACCAUCCUCUACUAGCAACAAUGGGCAUACUAAUAUGGAAAUGCAGGCAUUGUAGUACUGCUUUACAAGUAUCAUAAUAUUUCAGUAGGGAUUUAAUGUGCGAGUUCCUCAUUGUUGUCAAAUGAUUGGAUUACAUACAUCAGAAGUUAUCAUCUAUACAUUUUGCUGAAGACAUCAAACAAUAUAUAUUAGACCUAAAUAGGAAGAGUUUAUCCCUUUUCGGUGUGUAUUGGAACAAUCCCUUUGAGUUAUGGGAAAAAGAAAGAUCACCUUCUUUAGCAAUGUUGGUGGAUACGGUCAUUUGGUCCGGAAAAGAAGGGUUGAAAUCUAGCAGUUUUGUUACUUUGUAAUCCCAAGCCUACAAGAACUCUCUUCCGAGUUAAAACCCUAUUCUCAAUAUACAGUCCGAAACUUUGAUUUCACUGCUACAACAGACAUACAACCUAUUUACUGUUGCUUUCAUGGCCGGAGAAGUUUCGUUAAGUGUUAUUAGUGGUGCCGGUAGCAGAAGUGUCAGGGUACAGAAGAAAGAAACCACUUUGCUGCCACGGCCAACUUCUCCGGCUGGUAGCAGUACUAUUACUGAUGAUCCAGGGGAAUAUUCCGGUGAGAAUGAAAUCGAUGAUCUGCUGUAUGGGAAAGAUGAUGUGGAAGGCAUUAGUGAUUUUAU